AUGCGAUGCAGCCCUCUGUCGUCGGCGCUGGCCCUUGGCUGCGCCGUCCUGUCUGGCCUGCCGUCGCCAGUCGACGCCGCCUUCAUCACCUUCGACAAUUGCCUCGACGAGAACAUCCGCAAUUCGAACCCCCUGCAUCUGCAGUUCAUCCCGCUCUUUGUCGACGCCCGCUUCAACACCUCUGACCCCAACCGCAAUCUCAAUCUCACCAUCUACGGCAAUGUCAGCGGCCAGGCCACCCAAGGCAACUACCCGCCUCCCGACGAUCCGCUAUGGUCGAAUCCGAACGACACGUUUGGCAAGAUAGUCGACCUCUCGCCCUCCAACAACAGAUACUCGACCCUCUUCCAGCGCUACCAAGUCCUCACCUUUGACGCCUACCAGGCCGAGCCCAGUCGCUUCUGCAAUUCGACCCUCAACGACUCGUGUCCCUUGGGGCCUUCCUUCUUUGCCAACCCUUACGAUCCCGAAGAGCUCUCGGCCUUCUCGGUGAGCCAUGACUUCUACAGUCCGUAUGCUUUUGCGACCAUUGCCACCACCAUUUCCGCAGAGUCCGGUGAUGCCGGCGCUCCAGACAUCGCGUGCAUUUCUGCAAACAUCACCCCUGCUCUUGGACAAACCUUGUCAGGCCUUUUGAGAUACCUUCCCGUCGCCAUCCUUAUACUUGUGGCUGUUGCGACCGCUGCUGCCGGUAUAUACUCUCCAUGGGGCUCUACCGACCCCUUCAAAUGGACUACCAACUACGGCCGUGAUCAGGAUCUGCUGCGUCUUGUGACACCAGGUUUCGGUGACUGCUUACAAUACAUACAGUUUAUUUUCUUGACUGGCGCGCUUAGCCUCAACUAUCCUGGCUAUUAUGCACCAGUCACCAAGCAGGCGAGCUGGUCCGCUCUGCUUUUCAACUCAAGUUACGUCUCUCAUGGAGACGGCACCCAAUCUCUUCAGGAUGGAAUAUACAUUACUAAUGGAACUUAUGGCAUGACUCGCAUGAGCCAGCUGGUGGGAAUGACUGCAGUGCGCGACAUCUGGGCUUGUAUGGCUGUCUGGCUACUGGUUGUCGCAGUUGCCGUCGUCCUCCUCUGUCAGCUGGCCUUCCUUGUGCGUUGGCUGGUUCGCCUUCUCGCCAAUACCCCAGAAGAGGAUCUUCGACAGAAAAACUGGCCUCUGAGUGGUGGCAUGGUAGUGCGCAUCAUCUUCAACUAUUUCCUCCUCCCAAUCGUCGCCAUUUCCAUGUUCCAAUUGAUAGUGGCGCCUCGCUCGCCUCCUUCGGUUGUCGCCAUGGCUGUUAUACUUCUACUUGCCAUCAUUGCCCUCGCUCUCUGGAUCCUUAACCUUAUUUUCCGCACGAAACCACGCGCGUAUCUCUUCGACGAUCUCCCAACCGUCUUGCUUUACGGUCCGCUUUACAAUACCUACUCUGACGAGGCGGCUCCCUUCGCUCUCAUUCCUGCCAUUCUUACUUUCAUUCGAGGUAUCGCCAUCGGAGCGGUACAGCCUUCGGGUAUUGCACAGCUGGUCAUUAUGGCCAUCUGCGAGGUUAUUCUUAUACUAACGCUUCAUGCGUUCCGGCCCUUCCACUCGCCAACCCACAUGAACGCCUAUCAUACAUUCUUCGCUUCAGCAAGACUUGCGACUGUUCUCCUGAUGGUCGCGUUCGUGCCAUCUCUGGGUGUCACUGAGGCGCCCAAAGGGUGGAUUGGCUAUGCAAUCCUUUUGGUCCAUGGUAUAGUUCUCAUCUUUGGUUUCUUUAUGAACGCCUUGCAGACUCUUCUAGAAGUCUUUGCUCGUAUGGCAGGUGCAGGAGGUGAUCCUCAACACGGAGCACAGAGAGGAGGUCUGAUAUCUUUCGGUUGGCGUCAGCUUCGCAAGCGGCAACCAGCCAACGACUCGGACGCCAAAUCGCUCAACCUGAUGGGAGGACGUUCGAGAAGCAUGUCAGCCAGCUCUCAGAUGAUGCUUAGCCAGCAUUUGUCUGACAAGCGUGCUAGUGGCGGCUUCGAUCAGUUCGCCCAGUCCGAAUAUGCGUACACUCCGACAGUGGAAACGCCGACCACCCCUUACAGUGCUGUUCCACCAUCCAGCGGCUCUGUUGCGGGAGCUGUUAGUUCUGGCAAGCGUCCAGUCCUGGGUAUCAAGACAGAACAGCCUCUUUCUGAUCCAUAUUAUCGAGCACCUCGCCCGCGCAGAAACACCAACGACCCGUAUACUCCAGAUAAAGGCAAAGGAUUUGAAGUAGUCCGCAGUUCUCGCAUGCCUGCCAACAUGACACGCGAACCUAUUGAGGACGAGGAAGGGCAAGAACUGCAAACCUCUCCACCCAUGAAUUAUCAGCCCUAUUCGGACUCGCCAGACCCACAGUCAAUGGGAGGUGCUCGUAGGUCCAUUAGCCCUGAGAGAUACGGGGACAUGGGCAGUCGCCUCGGCGGGACGUGGAACAAUUUGGAAGUUGAAGAGUCGGACUCUGAGAGCGACAUUACAGACACAAGGCCAUCUUCACCACCAUAUCUUCGACCUAUUUCUCGGACUGGUAGCAUCAGGUUCGACCAAGACGACAAGCCAGAGAGAGCACCUUCAAGUGCAACCGACAAGGACUAUUUCCCGGCGUCACCACCACCGCGUCACCCAUUCCAUGUCGGCAACAGUGUCGGCGAUAACGGAAGGCCUACCAGUAUGGGCACGGUGCAACAACGUGUGACAAGUGACAGCGUCUAUCACAGUGCAGGAGUUGGUGAAGGAAGCAUAGCGGAGAUCGUGACCAACGAUCGAACCAUGAGCAUGGAAUCUCGCCAAUACGCACCGCGAUGA